AUGAAAGCCAUAGUACUUUGUCUGCUGGUUCUGGUCUCGGCCAGUUGUGUCCUUAGCGCAAGUGUAAACACUAAGGAUGUGGCUAUUCCUGAUAUCAAGGCACUCCAAACGAAAUUGGAUGCUUUGCUAAGCAAAUACCAGAAGAUGGAUUCCAAUGAUGACUACAUGAGUGUCGAGCAACAGGGCUUUAUCAAAUCUGUCAUCAAGAUCCUUGGCACAUCUUGGGAUGGUAUUCUCGGUCUUACCUGCCUCAUUCAGGAGUUUGCGGAUGUAAUUCUUACUUGCACAACAUAUGUGAAAGCCGUCAACGAUUGCGGUGUGGCUAUCCCUGAGGAUAUUCAAGCCAUUAUUGACUCUAUCAAGGAGGCAGGCAUCCAAUUGCUGCACAUUCUCAGUUUCGAGACCAAGGUGUGUGAUGACUCAGACAGUGGCACUGAAUGUCUCGCUAAGCUCGUUGAGGCUGGCGUGGAACUGGUCGAAACCAUCAAAGCUACCAUCCGCGAUAUUGGUGAAUUCCCUUCAAACACCAGCUCGUGCUUUGUUGGUGCCACCAAAACACUUGUAGAUGGAUGCAAUGCUUUUGUACCCAACUGUCAAAAGUGUAUUGACAAAUAUUGGUAGA